AGCUGCCUGCUUUGCUGUGUGCGCGUCUUUUGUUGGCUGUGCUUCACUCAUGCUUCACAUGUUCUGCUGCUACUCACCGUCUCGUGGAUUAGACACAACAUAUUGGCGACGAGCUGGACGUACGAUCCACCAUCUCCGGAAAGAAUUCUCACGGCAGUACAGUAACAACUUCGUGGGAUAUGGCAACACGCAUUGCUCAAUGCUAACAUACUGAUCCAGGAUAUUCUGUGACGAGCAACAAUUGGGGAAGCACCUGGAACAGAACAACCUCAAGGAACAGGACACAGACACCCGUGCACAAGCAAGUGUGAAAAACGAGGCUUCAUCUUCAGAAAACAAGUACCCCUCUCUGGCGUGUCUUCUGUCCUGACUGGGAACCCUCGAAGACGGCCUCUCUGAAGACCCCCGAAGACAGGCCCUCUGGGGACAAAUACCAACAGUUUACUCCCCACGAAGGAAGAGGCGAGAGAUCCUUGUGUCCUUGAGUGAUCAAGCUCCAGCCUCUCGGAUUCACAAUCCUGAAGAGAUGCAGCUCUCACCAGAGUUCAGUGGUCAGAUCGUGAAAGUGAAGUCGGAGCCACCUGAUUUUGCCUGCCUGCCAGAAGAGGGCCAGGUACAGCAACAGCAGUGCAGCGAGCCUUCACCAGGAGGUGAUGCUGAUGGAGUGACAUCUGGUACGUGUCACAUUAAAGAAGAACGUCGAGAGGAAUCUUCCAAUGAACAUCCAAUCAUAGAAGUGAAGACAGAGCCUUACAAUGUUGCAAUCACAACAGAGCUGGACCAGAUGGGACGCAACUGUGAUUCAAUACCUGAAGACGCAAGAGGGAACACUGAUACGCUCCAUAUUAAGGACAAGCCUAAAGGCACUUGUGAUCAAGAAUACUCUAGUUGCGCUUCUUCAGGUGCACAGUUCAGCACAACAACAGUUGAACUGCAGCCCGACGGCACUGCACUAUUCACUAUGAAUGACCAACCCGCUGAGCGACAUCGAGACCAGAGCAAGCCACGUGCACUCGCAUGCAUGUCGAAUGCCAGCCUCGAAUGCCACAUGUUUGCAGAGUGUCACAAUGAGUCUGAAAAGUGUUCCACUCCUCCUCCGACGGAUAUACAGAUGGGAGAGAAGGGUUCUGGGUGCAACAUCUAUCCCUCUGCAUUCUCGUGGUCACGAAGUGACGACAACCAUGUGGCGAAGCAUACUGAGAAGAGGCCAUACAAGUGCGAUGUCUGCCCUGCGGAGUUCAGUCAGGGCGGGCACCAACGGCAGCACAAGCGAGCACACACGGGAGAGAAGCCAUACAAGUGCGAUGUCUGCUCUGCGGAGUUCAGUCUGGGCGGGAACCUACGGCAGCACAAGCGAGCACACAUGGGAGAGAAGCCAUACAAGUGCGAUGUCUGCCCUGCGGAGUUCAGUCAUAGCGGGAACCUACGGCGGCACAAGCGAGCACACACGGGAGAGAAGCCAUACGAGUGCGAUGUCUGCCCUGCGGAGUUCAGUCAGGGCGGGCACCUACGGCAGCACAAGCGAGCACACACGGGAGAGAAGCCAUACAAGUGCGAUGUCUGCCCUGCGGAGUUCAGUCAUGGCGUGCACCUACGGCAGCACAAGCGAGCACACACGGCAGAGAAGCCAUACAAGUGCGAUGUCUGCCCUGCGGAGUUCAGUCAGGGCGUGCACCUACGGCAGCACAAGCGAGCACACACGGCAGAGAAGCCAUACAAGUGCGAUGUCUGCCCUGCGGAGUUCAGUCAGGGCGUGCACCUACGGCAGCAGAAGCGAACACACACUGAAGAGAAGCCAUACAAGUGUGAUGUCUGCCCUGCGGAGUUCAGUUGGGGCGGAAACCUACGGCGGCACAAGCGAGCACACACGGGCGAGAAGCCAUACAAGUGCCACCUCUGCCACGCAGAGUUCAGCCGCAGCGGGCCCCUACAGCAACACAAGCGGACACACACGGGGGAGAAGCCAUACAAGUGUGACGUUUGCCACGCAAAGUUUAGUUACAACGGGAAUCUACAGCAGCACAAGCGGACACACACGGGUGAGAAGCCAUACAAGUGUGAUGUCUGCCACGCAAAGUUUAGCUACAACGGGAAUCUACAGCAGCACAAGCGGACACACACGGGCGAGAAGCCAUACAAGUGUGAAGUCUGCCAUGCAGAGUUCAGCCUGAUCGGGCACCUACAGCAGCACAAGCGGACACACACGGGCGAGAAGCCAUACAAGUGCGAUGUCUGCCAUGCAGAGUUCAGCAGGGGCGGGAACCUACAACAGCACAUGCGGAUACACACGGGCGAGAAGCCAUACAAGUGCCAUCUCUGCCACGCAGAGUUCAGACAGCGCGGGACCUUGUCACGUCACAAGCGAACACACACGGCUGAGCAGCCAUAAAAUUGCAACCUCUGUCCUGCAGUGUUCAUCCACAACCCAAACUUGCGGUGUGAAACAUGUGCAGUCCCUGUCGUGUAGAAUAUCACGCCUACUGCAGUGAGAAACCACAAAGGAGCGUUCUCUGUUCUGAUGAGGCGAUAAAUACGACGGAGCACUCGUCUGAUGGCCCGGGUCGUCCUCUUUCACUUGGCAGCCACGUUGCCCGCCUACUGGAGCACUUCAGAAGCCAGGAAUUUGAGCACGGCUACGACGUAAACCCGGGCGCCUCCUCCUAGACGUUCGGCAAACGAGCCUUGGGUAUGAGGCGAUAAAUACGACGGAGCACUCGUCUGAUGGCCCGGGUCGCCCUGUUUCACUUGGCAGCCACGUUGCCCGCCUACUGGAGCACUUCAGAAGCCAGGGAUUUGAGCACGGCUACGACGUAAACCCGGGCGCCUCCUCCUAGACGUUCGGCAAACGAGCCUUGGGUAUGAGGCGAUAAAUACGACGGAGCACUCGUCUGAUGGCCCGGGUCGCCCUGUUUCACUUGGUAGUGCCAGCUUGUCCACGCCUUUAUAUGUUGACGCUGGACAGGUUAAAGACAAACUGCCAGCAUAGAACGGCUAGGUCGAGACAGUGAUAGGGGAUAAUCCUCGUCUCAUUUCAGGCAGCCACGUUGCCCGCCUACUGGAGCACUUCAGAAGCCAGGAAUUUGAGCACGGCUACGACGUAAACCCGGGCGCCUCCUCCUAGACGUUCGGCAAACGAGCCUUGGGUAUGAGGCGAUAAAUACGACGGAGCACUCGUCUGAUGGCCCGGGUCGUCCUCUUUCACUUGGUAGUGCCAGCUUGUCCACGCCUUUAUAUGUUGACGCUGGACAGGAGGCAGCCACGUUGCCCGCCUACUCGAGCACUUCAGAAGCCAGGAAUUUGAGCACGGCUA